ACAUUAUCACCAAACCUAUGCAAGCGUCAAUAUAUAUUUUUUUUGCCAUUUUUACAACUUUUAUCCGCAAAUGGAGCUUUUUAACGAAAGUGAUACAUUUAAGAUGUACUUUUGCGAGAAUAGGUUAAAAACUUUUGAAGGGUGGCCAUUUGACGAAGACUGCGCCUGCACACCGGAAAACAUGGCAAAGGCUGGCUUCAUUUACACGCCUGUCGACAACAGCCCAGAUGCUGCCACGUGUUUCUUCUGCCUCAAGGAGUUGGAGGGCUGGGAGCCGGACGAUGACCCACAGAAAGAGCACAAAUCGCAUUCACUCUCGUGUCAUUUCUUGGCCUUGAAGAAGAAAGUAGAGGAGCUGCCUUUGAACGAGUUCUUGAAGCUCCACCAGGCGAGGCACAAGCGCCUCAUCAGCAAAAACUGUAACGAGGCCGUCGACAAGUUUGAGGUGGCUGCAAGAUUGGUGAAAUCGGAAAUUCUCAAGAUGGAAAUGGGCAAAUAAGACAUUGGGGACGGCGUGGCGCAGUGGAAGAGUGGCCGUGCACAACCCGAGGGUCCCUGGUUCAAUUCCCACCUAGUACCAACUUCGUCACGUCCGUUGUGUCCUGAGCAAGACACUUCACCCUUGCUCCUGAUGGGUCCUGGUUGGCGCCUUGCAUGGCAGCUCCCUCCAUCAGUGUGUGAAUGUGUGUGUGAAUGGGUAUGUGGAAGUAGUGUCAAAGCGCUUUGAGUACCUUGAAGGUAGAAAAGCGCUAUACAAGUACAACCCAUUAUCAUUUACAUACCUUGAUGUUGCA